CGCCAUUUCUUGCGGAUCGAGAUCGACAACGAUCUGCUUACGGCAAUGGCGGAACGAUGGCGUCCCGAAACCCAUACAUUCCACCUUGCGGAGGGGGAAAUGACGAUCACCCUCAAAGACGUGGCGAUCCUCACCGGGCUUCCUAUAUCUGGAGAUGCCAUCAUUGGUUCCACGACCAAACCCGGAGGAGGUUGGGGGCCGCUCAUCCGUGAUCGUUUGGGCUUCGACAUGCCGACCACCACACCAAAUCAAGGACGGGGGGCAUCCACCGUUGAAUGCGGGGCAAGUGUCGGUCCCGUGGCUGGUAUCUCACAUCCAGCAAGAGGUGGAAAUCAAUGACGAGACACCGGAAGAACAAGUCGAGUGCUACGCCCGCAUCUACCUCGUCGGUUUGGUGGGUGGAUUUUUGUUCCCCGACAAGUCCAACCGGUGGAUUCAAGGCAUAUGGUUGCCAUUGCUCACCGGUGACUGGGAUGCAAUUGGAGAGAAGAGUUGGGGAUCGGCCGUGCUAGCGGGCGUAUACCGGGAGCUGUGUACUUGCUCGAAGGUUGGGGCAAAGCAAGCUGGUGCUGCGAUGUUCAUCGUUCAACUGUGGGUAUGGGAGCAUCUUCCAAUGUUCGCACCUCUCGACCCACGUCCAUACCGGAGAAACGAUGAUGAGCUCAACCUUCUGCAAAAUCUCCCCUAUGGUGUCAAGUAAGUUUAUUUCGUACUUAGCCCAAUUUAAAUUUUAUUACAUGCUUGAGCUAGAUUUAUGACAACUUCUUGGAACACGACCCCGCCAGCACUCAUGUCUGGAUACCGGUAAGUAAUUUUGCCAAGUCUCGUCUGUCCGCUCGUACAAACCCUUUAUGCACAAAGAUCACAGAGUUCUUGAAAAUUGAAUCGGGAAUCAAUUUUCAGCAUAAUG